AGUAGUCUUCGAAAUUCUUAAACUGUAACUACUUCAAUCUUCUAUUCAAGUUUGUAUCUACUUUUCACCCACAUCCGUUAUGAAUUUGUUGCAUGACUGGAGAUAGUGAUACCAUUGUGUCUGUGUAGAGGCGGAAUGAUAUAAAAUUAAAGUCUGCUUUACUAUGUUUAGUUGCUGUUUGUGGACACCAUCAGCAUGGGAGUACCUACAGUGUUUAUUCUUGUUUUGUGUGUGACUACGUCAUCUGCCUGGUGGUUAAAACCAAAACCUGCACCUCCAGCGCCACCUCAAAUUGACCAUAGUACUGGAAUACCUUGUCCAGGCACAACUUAUCAGAAGUGUUUGUCUGGUUUCCGGUGUCAGGAAGGAAAUGGUAAAAUUGAAUGCGUAAAAAGUCUUG